AUGGACGUCACUGCGGAUAUUAAAGUGCUGGUGGCGAUGCGGGACGACCAGCACUGCCGAGAAGCCCUAGACUGGACGAUUAAGGAGUUCGGAAAGCGCAAGGAUACCAGCGUGUGUCUGCUCCUCACGCAUAUUGUGACGGAACUUCGCAAUACAGCGGGCAAGCUGGUGCGCCUAGGCGAGGCGGACAGCCCGAGCGUGGCGGUGCACAUAUGCGACCGCGUUCUGCCGUACCUCGAGAGCCUGCAAGACGUCAGCGACGACGCCGGGUUGCCGUCCACGGUGCACGUGAUAAAGAACGAGGACAAGGGCGGCGCCAUUCUUGAGGCGGCGCAGAAGCUGGAGGCGACGCACAUCGUGCUGGCUAGCAUUCCCAACAAGCCCAUCGGCGAGUGGAAGACCAUCAACGUGUGCGCGAGGGAGGAGGUGUUGCCGCCCGGCGCGUCGCUCUAUGUGGUGCAGAGUGGCAAGAAGCUGAAAACCGUGCAGAGCAAGGAGCAGGCGCCCGCUAAGCCCGUCCCCCUUGCUGCCCUUACGCUUUACCCCCAUCCCCGUUUCCCCUAUCUCUCCCAACUCGUCCUCUCCUCCUUAUCCCACGUUUCCAACCCAUCCCAGCCCGUCCCUCCCCCAGCACGCGUGUUCCACGGCACAGCGCUCAACAAGAAGCUGCCAGACAUCCAGGAAGGGAUCUGUUUUCCUAUCUCUUGUGCUCCCUCGCGCCCCUUACCUUCUGACAUCCCAUGCCCCACUUCCCUGCGUUUCCUCUUUCCGCCCUCCCAGCCCGUCCCUCCCCCAGCGCGAGUGUUCCACGGGACAGCCCUCAACAAGAAGCUGCCAGACAUCCAGGAGGGGGGGAGCGGCGUGCAGGAGGACGGAGACGCACAGGGGGGCAGCGGGGCAGCGGACGGGGAGGGGGAAGGGGAAGGGGAAGGGGAAGCGGGAGGCAAGGAGGCCGCAGCAGAGGGGGGAGCAGAGGGGGAAGGGGCUGGGAAGGCGGAGGGCGGGGCAGUGGAGGGGGGAGGGGAGGGUGCGGGGAAGAACGAGGAGGGGCUGUCUGCUCUGGAGCUGGCUAGGCGAGCAUAUGCUGCUAAGGCCAAGGCUGCUGCUGGGGCAGGCGGUGGGGGUGGGUCUGGGGGCGCGGCAGCAGGUGGGGCAGCAGCAGGAGGAGGAGGGGCGGCAACGGCAGGGGGGGCGGCGGGAGGGGGAGUGCCGCCCAAGGACCGGCCGAGGAAGAAGAAGCCAUCGGCUGGUGCUAAGGCCCGGCUUGAGAAGAAGAUGGCGGAGAGGGAGGGCUCCUCCGGCCGUAAAGUGCCCUCGGACAAGAAUCCGCUGACACGCCCUCUCCAAGUGGUGGAGCCCGCAGAGGGCGCGCAGAGGCAGCCGUUCAAAGAGUUCACGCUGGAGGAGCUGCAGGCCGCCAUCGAGCACUUCUGGCCCAACCACGUGUGCGGCGAGGGCAGCUACGGCGUGGUGUAUAAGGGCAUGAUUGACGGGCAGACGGUCGCUGUGAAGCAGCUCAAGAACCCCGACGUGAAGGCUGCUCUCGAUGAGAUCGACCGGGAGAUGGAGGUGCAGAAGCGCAUAGACCACCCGAAUGCGGUGCGCCUGGUGGGGUACUGCAGGGAGGACCGCUCGCUGGUCUACGAGUUCAUGGCCAACGGGUCUCUUGAGGACCGCCUGCUGUGUAUUGGGGGGGUGCCUCCCCUCCAGUGGCCUGAGCGCUGCCGCAUCGCCAUGGAGAUCGCAGCAGGCCUGCAGCACCUGCACACGCGCAAGCCGCCCAUCGUGCACCGCGAUGUGAAGCCAGCCAAUGUGCUGCUGGACGACCACUUCACCGCCAAGCUUGGCGACGUGGGGCUCGCUCGCCUCAUGGGCGACCUCGCUCCCGGCCACUCCCACGUCGUGCGGAAAUCAGUCAUUGUCGGGACCGAGCAUUAUGUCGAUCCUGAGUAUCUGUGCGCCAGGAGGGGGUAUCUCGGGCCGAAAUCGGACGUGUAUUCGUUCGGAGUGGUGCUGCUGCAGAUGCUGGUUGGGGAGGUGCCGAACCUGAAGAGGAUCGAUGCUAUGGUGGAGAAGGAGGAGUUGACAGUGGUGCUGGAUCCCAGGGCUGGUGAAUGGCCGCCGAACCUGGCACUUGAUCUCGCGAACCUGGGGCUGUGGUGCGCGGAAAUGGACCGCCGAGAUCGGCCGGAUCUGACGGAGGAGGUGAUUCCGGCGCUGAUGGAUAUUUGCGAGGCGGCGGCCGAUGCGGUGGUUGAGUGGGAGGCGAAGCAGGAGGCACAGAAGGAGAAGGAGCGGCUGGAGAAGGAGGAGAAGGAGAAGGCUGAGAAGGAGGCGAGGGCGAAGGCUGAGGAGGAGAAGAAGAAGAAGCAGCAGGCGGAAGAGGAAGCUGCUAGGAAGCCCAAGGAGGCGGCUGCUGGGGCUGGGGCGAGCGAGGCGGCGUCGGCGGGGAAGAAAGCAGGAGCAGCGGGAGCGGUGGCAGCACCGUCGAAUGAAGCGGCGAAGGGUGGGUGCUGUACCAUUUCGUGGGAGAACCCCCUGAUGGGGUGGACAUCAACAGCGGACCCCAUGGCAUGUGUGGCGGACUCAGCCCUCUCCUUCCACUCCAAGCAGGACGCCGUUGACUUUGUUGAACGCCACGGCUGGCACUACCAGGUCCUCGAGCCGCAGAAGCCAAUCAAGAAGCCCAAAUCAUACGCGGACAACUUUCGCUGGAAGGGUCCUCCCGCCACUGCUGCUGACAAGUAG